AUGAGUGAAGAUGAAGAUUGGUUGAAUGUAGGCAAAUCAUUUGUAAAUAACUAACAAAUUAAAUAAGAAAAAGAAAUAGAUAAUAACAAUAAUGACAUUAUAAAGGAAAAAAAGAAAAAAGAAAAAAAGAAAGAAAAAUUAUCAAAAGCGCAAUAACAAAUUGCCAUAAAAUUUACAGAGGAAGAGAUUGAAGCCUAUUAUGAUUAAAAAUUAGAAAAUUGUAAUUAAGUAUUUUCAUAUUGAUUAUUUCUUUAGAAUAUAAAAUUGACACUUCACAAGCAUUUAUUUAUAAACAUGAGAUGGGAGUAGGUUUAUUAUCUAUUUAAGUACUUCCUAUAGGGGAUAAUUAAAUAUUAACAUAUGGUUAUCUUGAAUAAGAAAUUCCUCACUAUGUGAGAACAAAUUAGUAAUAAUUUUUUUAUCUUUAUAGAGAACGAAUAAUUGGAUUAAAAAAUUAAAAAAAAGUAAAUUAAAUUUUUGAUAGCGUUUCAAGAACGAAAGGCAGAUAAACAUUUGAGUAUUCUAGAUAUAUUGAUACAGCAAAUACUUAACCAGAGAAAACAUUUAUAAUUUAACCUCAAUCUAAGCUUAGUAAUGAAGAUUUUAUACCUUUUAACAAUUAAUUGGUUGAAGUUGAUCCAAUUUCAAAAGAUUAGAAAUUAUAAGAGAGAAAUUUAGAAUUGUAGAAUUAACUUUAAACAACUGUUGAUAAUUUAGAUAUUUGGAAGGAAUUUUUAUUAAUUUAAGAAAAGAUUGCAGAAUUGUAAGGAUAUAAUGAACCUUUGUUGCUAGCAAAUCGUAGAUUAUCAAUAUUGCAAAAAUUAGAGUAAGUAUCUGAAGUUCUUUCUGAUCAUCCAUGGGUUUUAGCUUACAAAAUUUCUCUUAUGCAAAAUUUAGAAUUAAGAAAUGAUGAAUUACAUAAGGAAAUAGAUAAUUGUUGGUCAGAAUUGUUUUCAAAAUAUGUACAUAUUCAACCCAUAUGGAUUUUGUUUCUUGAUCACAAACUUAAAACGGAAAUAUUUAGUGCUACUAUGCUAAGAGUUGAAGCUAGCAAACAUAUAGCUAAUUUAUAGAAAUUAAUAAAUGAAACAACAAGAGUAUAACUUAUCUAAUUAUUCAAAAGAAUUUAUAUUGAAUUAAUUUAAUAAAUAUCUUUUUAUGAAAGUGAAAUGGGAUUUAAAGAAAGAUCAAUAGGUAUUCUUUAAGCUCUUUGUGAAAUGAAUUUAUUUGCUCCUAAACAUUUAUAAAGGACUUAUGAUUUAAAUGAAAAAGUUAAAGAAUUUAAAAAUUAUUGGGAUUUGAAUUUAAGAACUGGAGAACAAAGUGAAUAUGGUUGGAUAGAGACACCACAAUUAAAAGAAGAUUUUAUUGGAUAUUUUGAUUAGAAUAUGAAAUUUUCAGAAUAAAAUGAUUAGAUAUAAUAAUUUCUGUCAUUUUAAUAGUUGAGUAGAUGGAGACCAGCUAAUUAACUAUUUGACAUUGAAUGGAUCGAAUAGAAUGUAGAUUCAGUCGUUAUCUAUGAAGACAUUGAACCCUAUCUUUAUAUUUUUAAUGAUUAAGAAUCUAAACUCAAUCUUGUAAGUAUCUUAUUACAAUAAAUUGGAUUUCCACCUAUUGAUUAAUAUAUUUUACCACAAAUAAAUUCAUUUCACAGUGCAGAUAUGUGUUAUAAUAAGAUUGCCUUUGAUUAUCUUUAGAACGAAUAUUUUAUUAAGUAUUAGAGUAUUUUUUAGUGUAAACUGCAAAAUAAUUUAUCAUAAUUUAUAUAUGUUAAACGAUUAUUAGAAAAAGUUUAUUUAUAAAUCAAUAAUUAAUUUUUAUUGAUAUAUCUAUUUAUGCUUUAUGGUAUUUUAUAUUUACAUAAUGAUUUAAUUGCUCCUAAUUAAGUUUUAUAACAAGAAUUAAAAUCAGGAUUGAAAUAAAUGAAAAAUAUUUUAAAGGAUCAAUAAAAUAAUUUAGUUCUCUGGAUACUCUACCAAGAAAUUGAAUCACUCAAAAAACAGUAGUAUUAAGCCUAACUUAUGUCUUAAAUUAAACUAUUUGCUAAAUCAAAAAAAUAAAAAUUAAUGAUUUUAUAUUUUGAGUUUAUUCAUUAGAAUUAAUUUUAAGGUUCUAUUAACAUAAUAAAAGUAUAAUAUUUAUUAAUUUAAAAAUAGGAGGCUCUUAAAGCAUAUGGAGAAGAGACUAAUAUCAGUGAUAGCACUUUAAUUUUAAAAAUAAGAAAUCUGCAUAAACAGUCAAAAAAUAAGUGGUAAAAUGUUGAAUAUCUUUUCUAAUAUAAAAAAGAAUUGCAACCAUUUUAAUUGUCUAAAAGAUCAAUACUAUUAAUUUUUCUAUUGUUUCUUUAAUAAAAUGCAAUUAAUGAAAAUUUACAAAUGUUAAUUUAAGAAUCAAACUAAUUAAAAAUUGUUCAUUUUCCAGACCAACAACAAAGAAAAAAGAUUUUAAUUAAAUAUAAGAAUGAAACAUCAUUAAUUUUAUUAAACCUUUUAAGAUUUUCUUAAGAAAAAGAAGAAAUAUGUAAAACAGCUUUAAAAUUGGAUUAAGAUUAAAUCAUUUUUUUCAUUAAUUACAUCCAUUUUUUAACAAAAAAAUUUUUAUACUUUUAAAGACUUGUUGAAUUAAAAGAUAUGAUAUAAUUAUAAUCACCCCAAAUAUGUUGGAUAGUAUAUGUUCUGGGCAAAGAUCCAAAUAAAUUAUGGUUCUUAGUAGAAUAUUUAAAAAAUCAAACAGAGAAGGGAUUAGCGUAGAUAUAUUGCGAAAAUAAUGAUUAAGAAAGUAUUAUCUAAUAUUAUGAUUAGAUUUUGAGGGAACAGUAAAUUUAAAGUAUAAUUAUAUUUUGGAAUUGAUGUCAAUGGAUUUAUAAAAAAAACUUAAUCCAAAUGUAAAAGAAAUGUAUAAGAGUUUAAAGAGAAACCCCUAUUCGAUAGUAAUAAAUUAUUAUUUAAAUUAGUGUAUGUAUGCAAAAGUAAUUGAAGAACUUAAAGAGAGAAAUGAAUCCCUAAAUCUACUUCAAGAUUUGCAAGAAAAAGAGUUAAAAUGUUUUUGA